AUGAAACUGGGUUUCCUGGCUUCCGUCCUAAUUGUUGGUUUGGCCACUGCUCUUCCUAUCAGUGGAAGGCAACCUUCGCCUAUCGCUGAGAAUUUGCCACAAGAUGGGGAUACUCUCUUAAAUUCCCCGCCGGAUGGGGCAUUCUCAACGGUGAUUGAAGAGGCUGUCAAUGCACUGGACCAGGCUGUGAGGGGAUUCAUUGAUUCGGUGAAGAUGGUCGUUGGGUCAUUGACAAAAUCCUUGAGUGACAUAGGCAAAGUCGAUCCUGAGAGAAUCGGUGUCCUAGGAAUCUGCGCAUCAGGUGGAUAUACCUCGUACGUUGCACAAUCAGACACCCGCAUCAAGGCUCUUGGAACAGUCAGCGCUGCCUGUGUAGGUCGGAUGACACGCAAUGGCGGUCUCUAUGAGAGCAACAAUAAAGAGUCGCCCGAAGCCAUCGCUGGCGCUCUCAAGGCCGCGGGAGACUGGCGUACCGCCCAUGCCAACGAUACCCAAACUCAAGCACCUCGUAUGUUUGAAACAGAAGCAUCUGCAGUGCCAGAGGAUUCUCCCUCCUUCUUUAAGUCGGCUGUCGCAUAUGAUGGCACAAAGUGCGGUCACCAUGCUCGAUCCGACCAGCGGGUUCCUCCAUCGAUCUACGAUUUAAUGAUUGGUUACGACUCGUUUAUCUACCAGCAUCUCAUCUCGCCACGACCUUUGUUAAUGAUUGCUGGUACUGAGGCUGAAACUCUACACCACAGCAAGACGGCGGUGGAGGGGGCAAGAGAUCCCAAGGAAUUGUUCAUCGUCAAAGGCAAGAAUCAUUUCGAUUUGUACGAUAAUUUUAUAGAGUCAGCGCCAAAGCUAGUCGAGUUUUACGCAAAUGCGCUCGCUCAGUAA